AGGAGAGAGAGAGAGAGACAGAGAGAGAGAGAGAGACAGAGAGAGAGAGAGAUGAAGAGAGUUGAAGAAGCGUGAAUUCUCUCUCUGUCCCAAAUAAAAACAAGUGGGGCACAGCUUGCAUAGCUCUUCCUAUAAUCACAUUACUGCUGCUCAGAAAAGAGGGAGGGGAACAAACAAGAGAUAGACAACGAUUCAGAAAGGGAAAAAGGAAAGCAGGAGAAAGCUGUGAAAGAGUGGUCGGAAGGUAAAAAAAAAAAUCUGUUUUUGAAUGAAAAAAGUCCUGCAGCAGGUGUAAGACAACCAGCAGAAGAACACCAUCACCUUCUGAAAGCGCCUCUGAGCUGUCGUGCCCAUUCCCAUGGCAACGAGGACAGUAAUGAUGCUGGCUGUCAUCUUGAUGUUUUUGGCCUCGUCGCGUGCAAUGAGCAAUGAGCUGGAAGAUUAUGGCACCUGGAACUAUAGAGAAGGAGCGGAACACGUGAACGUGGCUAAUGUUCGGAGUGUGACGAGAGUGCUGGACACUUGGGGCAAGCACAUCUUUAACGAGAUCAAGACGCUGCUGCACUCCCAGCCCAAUACUCUCCUGCCUGACUACUCAAGAGUACGUCCUCUCUCCGAGUCCCUCAACGAUCUCUUCAGAGAAGUCUCCCACUUACAGAGGCGCAUCACAGACCUCAACAAUCGCCUAGCAACCUUGGAGCCCUUUCUCCGUCGUCAUGGCUACUACGAGGAAGACAAGCAGGCCACUGAAGGAGCCCCCCAGAGCCUAAAAGGUGCAGGCACGAGUCUGGCACAGUACCCGCGCCGGAGCAGGGUCCGAGUGACCCGGCCCGUGAACAGGGUGGUUCGAACCAGGAGAGUCAGGGUGUACAAGGAUGAAACUGGGAAGGUCAAAGUGAGGGACAUAGAAAGAUAGGUAGAAAGGAGUGACAGAGAUAUAUUAUAGCCUAAGAUAUACAAACUAUUGAUAUUUUAAAAAGAUAUUAAUAAUAUGCAAAUUAAUUUUAAUUAAUAUUAAUAAUGUAAAUUAAUAUGAAUAAUGUAUUGAAUAUAACCAGAAAAUUGUCCGUGUUGAAUUAUCAUUCUCAUAUCAACCUCAUGUACUGAGUCACGUACAUCAUAUAAAUUAUAGAAGAAUAUGUUCUCUCUGCUGGCUGCACUAGUGUAAGCUCAGAUCUCAGAGGUCCAAUCAGAGUUCUCUGGCAGAGGAAACUUUAAGCGGCUUUCACUGGACUGUAACUAACACCCCCAGCACAGAAAACUUCGCCUAGCUUGUUAACAGUCCCCCGGUGAUUUAACUUUUUGACCAAGUUAAGAUUAGUCUUAAAAACCUCAAAGAAAAUGUUCUUUUUUAUACUGGUAAGUUUGUUUGGACUUUUGGGAUGAGGACUCAGGCUAACACACAAGUGACAGAGUUUCAGCUGAAGAAACUACUUCUCAAUAAACAUGUGCUGAAACUUUGUUUGAAGGAGUGAUCUUAAUGUUUAUAAUAUACUACAUUAAUUAUGCAGUACAAAUUCACUGAUUCACAAGACAUAUAUCAAUUUACAAGACAGCUUGUUUGGCUGAAUGAAUCAUUUACUAGUAGACUAGAAACAUAGUCAGUCUAUACACAUAUGGGUCAAAGACAAGAAGGGUUUUAAAACAUAAAAAUGUCAUUUGAAUUCAUUUGAAUUAAGUACUUUUUACUAGAUGGCUGAGUGUUUCAUAAUUUUUAUUUAGGAAAAAUUCAGCAGAAAUUAAGUCAAUUGAAAUGUCAUUUUGUAUAACCGAUAACUGUCAAAAAUGAAGCACACUUUUACCUAUACAAGCUAAUAUGUACAAAAAUCAUACUUUAAAGAUUUAUACGCCACCUAGGCUGUUUUCCACUUUCUUUAUUUUUUUUUAUCUUUAAGCCAAUUUAAGUAUUUAAUCUUCAUUCAUUCAAGUAUCUUCAUUUAAAUAAUAAUAAUAAUAAUAAUAAUAAUAAUAAAUGUGAUAUUAAUAUUGAUAUUCAUUUUGAUACAUAUAAAGCAAAAUACAAAAUAUAUGUGCUGUGAUAUAUUGAAAUUCUGAAUGUUUUCCUGUAUGUUGACAUACCUAAGAGAUAUACUGUACAUAACUCAAUAUUUCUAGUUGUGUGUUGAAUCAGUGUCUGAUAUAUACAGUUAUAUAUACAGUUAUGUGCAGAAGUUUGCACCACCCGUAGAUUUUAGGUGAAGAAGAAAGCAUAUCUAUUAACCUACAAAAAAGUAUUACAUUAUUCAUAUGAAAUUAGAAAGGAAGAUGCAAACCUCCAAAAAUUUAUAACUUUAAAAUUUAUUUGUUUGUCAUUUUGUUAUGCAGUAAAUUGCAAAAAGUACAUUUCUGUCUUCUUCAUUUUGUCAUAAGGGUAUGCAAAACAUAGCAUUCAACUGUAUAUAAAUAUAUUUUAGAUGUGUAUAAAUGCAUACAGUGGAUUUGAAAAGUGUUCAAUUGAUGAUGUUUUAGAAAGGCACACACCUGUGUGUAUAAGGUCCCACAAUUCACAGUGCAUGCCAGACCAAAAACCAAGCAAUGAAGUCCAAUGAACUCCCUGUAGACAUGUUUUAUACCCUGGGUAAGGGUAUAAAACCAUUUAUAAGACGUUGAAUGUUCCUAGGAACAUUGUACUCCAUCAUUAUUAAAUGAAAGAAGUUUGGAACCAACAGGACUCUUCCUAUACCUGGCUGACCAGCCAAACUCAGUAACUGGGUGAGAAGGAUGGAUGGCCGGGUGCAUGUGUGUUGCUUACCUGGGAAAGAGAUGGCACCAGGAUGCACUAUGGGAAGAAGGCAAGCCGGUGAAGGCAGUGUGAUGCUCUGAGCAAUGUUGGGUCCUUGGGUCCCGGCAUUCAUGUGGAUGCUACUUUGAUAUGUACCACCUACCUAAACAUUACUGAAGACCAAGUACACCACUUCAUGGCAACGGUAUUCCCUAAUGGCAGUGGCUUCUUUCAACAGAAUAAUGCUCCCUGCCACAUUGCAAAAAUUGUUCAGGAAUGGUUUGAGGAACAUGAAAAAGAGUUCAAGGUGUUGACUUGGCCUCCAAAUUCCCCAGAUCUCAAUUCGAUCGAGUAUCUGAUAUGUGCUGGACAAACAAGUCUGAACCACGGAGGCACCACCUUGCAACUUACGGGACUUAAAGGAUCUGCUGCUAACAUCUUAGUGCCAGAUAAACACAGCACACCUUCAGAAGUCUUAUGGAGUCCAUGCCUCAAUGAGUCAGAGCUGUUUUGGCAGCACAAGUGGGACCUACACAAUAUUAGGCAGGUGGUUUUAAUGUUAUGGCUGAUCAGUGUAUAUCUUUUGCAUAGGCGUAUGUGUGUUAUAUAUGAGAUUUAUAACUAUUACACACUCAUUCAGUGAUGUAAAAGCCUUUUUAUAAUUGUAUUGAGAAAUAAGUUCGUCUUAUGCGUAGUAUGAGCACUAUGUGAUCACUACACCUCAGUGUCCACACGGUGGUAGACUUGUGUCAUUUGGGUGUUUCCAUAGAUAAUUGUUUCCAAUCUUAGAAUCUGGUGAAAUCAAAUAACAACCAGCUAAUUUAAUAUAAGGUUCUAAGGCAGUCCGAGGCUCAGACUGCAAUCCAAAUAAAAUAAAAGCAGAUGAAUUCUGCAAUUUAUGAAGUACCUCCCAUCCACAAACUUCAGUAGAUGUGUGAUAUCACGUGAACAAUAUGUGAUCACAUGUAAAAAUUAAUGAAUCAUGUGAAAAAUUGUGAAAAUAUUAAAGGAAUCACACAAGCA